AUGGGACCUCGUCACUCUAAACCGAAGCGAAAGAGAAAUUCUAUCUCAGUAGCAAACAAUUAUGGCUCUGGUAGCUUAAGGAAAGAAUACGAUUUUGAUAAUCCUUAUAUGAUUCCAAUAAAUGAUACGCAAAUCGAUCGCAUGCAAACACAACAUCAUAUUCUAAGAACCAUAUGUAAUGGGAACUUCUUGUCGCCCAUCAAAGAUAAAUUAAAGGCAGGGAACUUUAAAGUACUUGACUUUGGUUGCGGAACAGGCACAUGGCUAUGUGAUGUGGUUUGUCUCAUUUUCUUUUUUAUGUUUUCAUGUGGUCUUCAUAUGGUCUUCAUAUG